AUGUCUCUGUUCGUGGACGCAGACUUCCCUUUGCUCAGGCAGCAUCAGCACAAAGACCUGGAGUUUAAGGUGGGAUUUGGAGAGCGGGGUCACUGCAAAGAGCCAGAGCGCGCUGCCGUCACGGAGGGGCAGAGGAAGAGGAAGAGGACCAUCUUCAGCCGAGCGCAGCUGUCCGAGCUGGAGCAGGCCUUCGCUGUGACUCCGUAUCCGGACAUCACCCUGCGGGAGAGGCUGGCCGCGCACACACACCUGCCUGAGAGCAAGAUACAGGUAUGGUUCCAAAACAGAAGAGCCAGAAGCAUCAAAACUGGGAGACUCUCCAAGUCCACCAAGACUGCCCUGGGAGGUAGAGGGGUUGAGGAGCCCUACCAGCCCAGGACCCGGGUCCCCACCCCUGGGCCUGUCUCUUCCACCUGCUUCCCCACCCCGACCACCAUAGCAGACGUAUUCAGGCCGGAGCAGAGCUACUCCUGUGAGGACGGGCCACAGAUGUAUUCAGACUGGAUCCAACGCUAUGGCAACCCUGUAUCGUCAUCAUCUCCAUCAUCUCUACUGCACCAGCCUGCGCCCAGCUCCCCGAAACUCUCUGAGCCUCUGCUCUGGGAAGAGGAGCAGCCACGGUCACACAUCGGACCUCUGCCCGGCUUCCUGCCAGGCUCGCUUCCCCAGCCCAUCAUGCGGCAGCCUCACCACUCGUCAUCGUCCUCCCACUCCUACCGGGACAUCAGUUUGGGACCCCAGGCCUUCAGGAACUUCAAGCCCCAGAGCUUGGCUCCAUCUGGGACCUACCAGGCCAGAUUUGGAGGCAACGCUGGAGGUGGAGGUCACACCUCUGUUGACCAGGUGGUCCCUUCCCACCCCCAGCCAGUGUACUGGGAUGUAACCCAGGGACAGGGCCACCACAACCACCACCAUCACCAUCAUCCACAGCUGGGACCACAGACCUCCAUGGGCUACAUCUCAGACCUCAUCUACAACGCUGCUAUUGUCACCAACUUCCUGGAAUUCUGA